AUGUCUGCCUUCUUCCACUUUCUCUGUGUGAGGAUCAUGUCUGCCAACUUCCACGGAAGUGUGCCCCCUCCUGACCCCUCCAUCCAGCCCCCUCCAUCCUCCACACAGCCUUACCCCUCCAUCCAGCCCCCUCAGUCCUCCAAACAGCCUACACCCUCCAUCCAGCCCCCCUCCAUCUUCCACACAGCCUACACCCUCCAUCCAGCCCCCCUCCAUCUUCCACACAGCCUACACCCUCCAUCCAGCCCCCCUCCAUCUUCCACACAGCCUACACCCUCCAUCCAGGCCCCUCAACCCUCCACACAGCCUGACCCCUCCAUCCAGCCCCCCUCAAUCCUCCACACAACUGACCGCUCCAUCCAGCCCCCUCCAUCCUCCACACAGCCUACACCCUCCAUCCAGCCCCCUCAGUCCUCCACACAGCCUAAACCCUCCAUCCAGCCCCCUCAGUCCUCCACACAGCCUGACCCCUCCAUCCAGCCCCCUCCGUCCUCCACACAGCCUUACCCCUCCAUCCAGCCCCCUCCAUCCUCCACACAGCCCCUCAACCCUCCACACAGCCUGACCCCUCCAUCCAGCCCCCCUCAAUCCUCCACACAGCCUGACCGCCUUAUCCAGCCCCCUCCAUCCUCCACACAGCCUGACCACUCCAUCCAGACCCCUCAAAUCUCCACACAGCCUACACCCUCCAUCCAGCCCCCUCCGUCCUCCACACAUACUGACCCCUCCAUCCAGCCCCCCUCCAUCCUCCACACAGCCUACACCCUCCAUCCAGCCCCCUCACCUGACCCCUCCAUCCAGCCCCCUCCAUCCUCCACACAGCCUACACCCUCCAUCCAGCCCCCUCCGUCCUCCACACAGCCUUACCCCUCCAUCCAGCCCCCUCCAUCCUCCACACAGCCUGAUCCUUCCAUCCAGCCCCCUCCAUCCUCCCCACAGCCUGACCCCUCCAUCCAGCCCCCUCCAUCCUCCACACAGCCUACACCCUCCAUCCAGCCCCCCUCCAUCCUCCACACACCUGAUCCCUCCAUCCAGCCCCCUCCGUCCUCCACACAGUCUACACCCUCCAUCCAGCCCCCUCCAUCCUCCACACAGCCUGACCGCUCCAUCCAGCCCCCUCCAUCCUCCACACAGCCUACACCCUCCAUCCAGCCCCCUCAAUCCUCCACACAGUCUACACCCUCCAUCCAGCCCCCCUCCAUCUUCCACACAGCCUACACCCUCCAUCCAGCCCCCCUCCAUCCACACAGUCUACACCCUCCAUCCAGCCCCCCUCCAUCCUCCACACAGCCUACACCCUCCAUCCAGCCCCCCUCAAUCCUCCACACAGCCUACACCCUCCAUCCAGCCCCCUCAAUCCUCCACACAGUCUACACCCUCCAUCCAGCCCCCCUCCAUCCGCCACACAGCCUACACCCUCCAUCCAGCCCCCCUCCAUCCUCCACACAGCCUACACCCUCCAUCCAGCCCCCCUCCAUCCUCCACACAGCCUACACCCUCCAUCCAGCCCCCCUUUAG